UGGAGGCAUGCUGGUGGUGAGAGAGUUUUUCUUCUUCCUUUAUCUACUCAUCUUUGGAUCUCUUUUUCAUGAACCCAUCUUCUUCUUCUUCUUCUUCUUCUUCUUCUCGCUAACAAGAGCAACAAAUUUCUGAGCUUUUUCCGUUUGGUAAAUUGGAGCUUUCUACUCUUUGAAUUUUGCCGUCUACCUUCCGUUCUUGCAUCUGCAGAUUUUUGUGAUCUUAAGUUUAGGUUAUCUUCCUCUAUUUCUUGACAUUUCUGGAUGUUGAAGGACGGUGCAUUUUGAUUUUUUUUUUUGUUUCUUUUUCCUUCCUUUUUCGUUCCUUUUACGCACUCAAUUUCUAAGUCUGAGAAGCGAGGAGUGGAGCCAGAGAUUUUUUUUUUUUUUUUUGGUGGGGGAAAUUGGUGGGAUUUUCGCCUUGUUUGUGAUGUUGGAGCUUGUGUUUUCUGUUUGCAGAUUUUUUUUUUGCGGAAAGCUUUGAUCUUUGAUCUUUCAAGUCAUUUUUUUGGUGUAAAGUUGGUGUCUUGGCUGUGAAAUAAUGGAUCACCUACCACUGCUUGGUUGAAUUUCGCCACUUAUUGUGAUUUGAAGUUGUGAGUGCUUGUGCUGAUCUGUGAUUGCCACCCAAGUGGGAAAUAAUUUAUGUAUGCAAUCAGCUGUUUUUGAAGAUAUAUUAAAUUUUUGAGGCUGGAAGAGUAUUGGAGUAAAUGUCGUUCCGCAGUAUAGUUAAUGAUGUGCGGGAUGCAAUUGGGAACUUAUCCAGGCGUAGUUUUGAAGUGAGGCUCCCUGGUCAUUACAGGGGAAAAUCUCAUAGUUCAGUGCUUGAAUUGCAUGAUCAGCCUCUUAUAGUCCAGACUAGUCGUUGGGCUAGCCUUCCACCUGAGCUUCUACGUGAUGUUAUCAAGAGAUUGGAGGCAAGUGAGAGUACGUGGCCUGCUCGAAAGCAUGUGGUUGCCUGUGCUGGAGUGUGCAGAGCAUGGAGGGAAAUGUGCAAAGAAAUUGUCAGAAGUCUUGAAUUUUCUGGAAGAAUCACCUUUCCAGUUUCCCUAAAGCAGCCUGGGCCAAGGGAUGGAAGCAUUCAAUGUUUCAUUAAGAGAGACAAAUCUAAUUUAACUUAUCACCUUUUCCUUUGUCUUAGUCCUGCAUUACUUGUUGAAAAUGGUAAAUUUCUUCUUUCUGCAAAACGGACUCGUAGAACUACUUGCACAGAGUAUGUAAUCUCCAUGGAUGCAGACAACAUAUCAAGAUCAAGCAGCACAUACAUUGGCAAGCUUAGGUCAAAUUUUCUAGGCACCAAGUUCAUAAUUUAUGACACACAGCCUCCAUAUAACAAUGCUCAUCUUUCGCCACCUGGUCGAAGUCGUAGAUUCUAUUCAAAGAAAGUUUCUCCAAAAGUCCCUGCUGGCAGCUACAACAUUGCUCAUGUCACAUAUGAGCUAAAUGUUCUGGGUACCAGGGGUCCUCGCAGGAUGCACUGCACCAUGCAUUCAAUUCCUGCCUCAUCGCUUGAGCCAGGUGGUGUUGUCCCAGGGCAGCCGGAGCUUCUGCCUCAAUCCCUUGAAGACUCAUUCCGCAGCAUCUCUUCCUCAAUAUCAAUUGAUAAUUCAACUGAAUUUAGCAGCUCCCGAUUCUCUGACCUAGUUGGGGUACAUGGUGAAGAGGUUGAGGGGAAGGAAAGACCGUUGAUUCUCCGUAACAAGCCACCAAGAUGGCAUGAGCAGUUGCAGUGUUGGUGCCUCAACUUCAAGGGGCGGGUGACUGUAGCAUCUGUUAAGAAUUUUCAACUGAUUGCUGCUAACCAGUCUCCCCCUGCUGCCAGUGGCCCAACACCAUCACAGCCAGCACAACCCGACCAUGAUAAGAUCAUUCUGCAGUUUGGUAAGGUAGGGAAGGAUAUGUUUACCAUGGAUUACCGAUAUCCCCUCUCUGCAUUCCAGGCUUUUGCAAUCUGCUUAAGUAGCUUUGACACAAAAUUGGCAUGUGAAUAGAAUAAAAAGAAGACUGCUAAGAGAUAGUACACAUUGUCUGUAUUGGUCAUCCUUUCCUCUGGGAUGGAAUUGUUAUAUUUUUCAGUGUACAACCAUGGUUAGACUGAACAUGCAGAACAGUAUCUGUGCAAAUCCGAGAUAAGCCUAUUCACUUUUUUUUUUUUUUUGGGCUUUUUCUUCUGGCGUAGUUUGCUUUGAAUCCUCUUGUUGUCAGUCCUGUUGUCUGAACAUCAUUGUUCUUAUUAUGCCUUUGUUAUCUGCGCUGUUGUCUGAACAUCAUUGUUCUUAUUAGUUAUUAUAUGAUUUAUUA